AUGGCUGACGUCCUCGCCCCACCCAUCGCGUCAACCUCAUCUACAUCUCCCUCCUCAUCCUCGACACCACAGCCACACAACACACAACUACCACUUCCGGUCCGACCUCGACCACGCGAGCGCAUCCCCUCAUACGCCCAGAACAGGAUGUCAACAUACUCUCAAAACUCCCGCAGCUCGCGAUCACGACCAACGUCGACAGUCGCGUUCCCGGCAUUCCAAUCAAGUCUCGCAUAUACAUCAGUCAGGGACUUCGCAUGGCCAGUCUUUCACCCAUUACACUAUGGAGCACCCGAAGCGACGUCCGGAGCCACAACACCAGGCUCGGAGUGGACAGGUGGGAGAAGAUUGUCAGAUCCAAUGGAUCUCUCCAAUAGCAGCAGUGGCGGCGGUGUGGGUAACAACUGGACGGCAGGGCCAUGGGGCGGCGAUGGAGUGAUGUACGGUGAUCAAGAUCAAGCUUCCGAGACACAACACGAUCCACUCCCGAGUACUUCAUUCGGCGGAGACGAUAGUUUUGACAGUACAAGCGACGACGGCUCAAGAAAGAAACACCGCAAAAGCAAGAGUUAUGCAAACAUCACAGACUACGAGCGUGGGCGGAGACGAGAAAGUGCAGGUUACAGACGCAGUCGUGCUAGCGGGGACGCGACAGCGAGCGAUAUGUUUCGCUUCGGAGGACAGAGCGAUCCUGCAGGCCGAGACACUCUGCGACAGAGUCGUGGGUAUGCAGGCGUAGGACCUCCUACACAGCAGCAGCUGGAAAACGGACGUAUACGAGCAGAUUCGCACUUUCAGUCUGGGUUGUUGCCGAAUAGGUCCUAUCCAAACAACAAUGGCGGUGAUGCUGGUGCUGCAAACGACCUCGGAUCUGUGGAUCCAGACAACGACAUGCCGCUUGAUUCGGAACUGUCAACAGAAGUCCACUCACCACAACGCCAGUCCAUCGGCCCAGAAGACGAAGAGCUCUACGCCGGACGCUCACUUGCCCUCUACGCUUUCGAGCCGGAAAACAGCAACGAGCUGCGUUUGCGCGAAGGACAGGUGAUCAUGGUGAGCUACAGGCAUGGGCAGGGCUGGCUGGUAGCUGAGGAUCCCAGCACCGGCGAGCAAGGACUUGUGCCGGAGGAGUACGUGAGGCUUCUGAGCGAACUGCCGCAUUUCGAUGAGAGCACGGGUAUGUUUCUCGAUGGCGAGGAGGCAGGCGAGGAUGAGGAAGGAGAAUCGGAGAUGUUUUCGGAGCUUGAGACGAGUGAGAUUGAUGGCUCGAAGCUGGCUGAGCAGGACUCCACGGGCUUGGAACCAGGCAAUGCAUCGGUGAAGAUGGCGGAAGGGGCUGCUGAGGCUGGCAUCGGGGUCGAGGAGGAUUCGGAGAAGGAGGACCCGCGAGUCGAUGAGGCAUACGAGCGUGCUGCGAGCCAGUAG